AUGUUCCGGCUGUAUGUUCGGUUUCAACCUGGCGGUGCAGCUGAGCGUCAUGAUGUACUUCGCAGGCUCCAGGCCCCGGGCGAGUUCAUGGGAGGAGAGGGACUGGAACAUGUCCUUCAGGCCUUGAGAUCGUGGCCGAGGUGGCUUGCUCGCUGUAAGGCGGUUCGAAUGGAGCCACCCGACCCUACCGUCUUGGCGAAGGGCCUGUUGAUGAUGACGGACAAGUACAUCACCGCAUCGGCGGAUGCCUCCUUCAGAACAGCUAUGCUGCGGACCUCUCUUCGUCUUGAUGCCCAGCCGAGCCUGGAAUCUGUUCAGGCUUACCAGAAGCACUUACAGGCCGAAAUUGAGGUGAUCGCAGCAGGGACAAGGACAUCAGCGACUACGGCGGGACCUAAGUUGCGAGCAGUGGAUACGAGCGGGAGUGUGAGUCCUACCAAGCAGAAGGACCGUGGUACAGAGUUGCGCCGAUACUUCGCAAAGCCGUCAGCAGGAUGCAAACGCGGGGAAAAGUGCAGCUACAGCCACUCAAUGGCGUCCCUUGAUCGGGAAACCCGGUCGAGGAAGUGCCUCAAGUGUGGAAGCGAAAGCCAUCGUCAGAAGGAUUGCGUUGUGGGGAAACCAGGAGUUCGUCAGCCACAGGGAGGGACAGCGGGGAAAGAUAAAUCUGGAGCGACCUCUCAGGGGUCCACGAUGGCGCCGUUGUCCUUGCCCUCUACCUCAACACCUUCCUCGACGGUAUCUUCUACGGUUACCGGAACUCUCUGGACACUUGAAGCCCUUGUACAGGCAGCCCAGCAGGUUGUUCAAACCCAGGGCCUCAGCGAUGGAGGAAGCUCACCUGAGAAGACGGCCACCGCACAGCUGAAGACGGUCAAGAUCAGCAACAUCCACGUAUGCUCUACCGGGAGGAAUGCAGCGGCUCUCCUAGAUUCGGGUGCCACCCAUUGUUUACGAAGCGCCUACGGUCAAGACGAGUGGGAGGAGUCGGAGGAAAUCCUAGUGGAGCUUGCGGGCGGAAGCAGCCUGGUCAUGCGUAUGAGUCCUACGGGAACGUUGCUUAUGCCACCGAGGCCAGCGUCACCUACCACAUCAACUUCAACUACAGCGGCCCAGACGAUUGUGCCAGUGGGACAGCUAGUCAAAGUUCUCGGCUAUACUCUGGUGUGGGGACCCGGCAAAUGCUACCUCAUGCACAACGCUCAGCUGUGUGAAGCGGAAGCCCUGUCUUUGAUCGCGCGAAUCGAGGACCGAAAGCGGGAGACGUUGGAGAACAUCGUGGAGGAUACGAAGGACCGGGUUUCAGUAGCAGCUCAGAGAAUGAGUCGCGGAUGGCAGGACCACCUCCUGGAGUACGUCGAGACGGGCUCAAUGCUUGCUGGUGGACGGGCCUUGAGAGAUGCUUCGUUUUUGCAAGGUCUCCCCGCGGAAUGCUUGGAGGGGCUAGUCCAGGAGAACAUCACCCCUGGAAGCUGGAGCAUAAUGAAGUCGGUGGACUUCCUCACCAGGGCUCAGAGGCGACAUCUAUGGGGAGCUCGUCGAUGGGUUGUUCAUGUCUUUGCGGGGAAGCCUGGACACUAUCAGGUGUUUCGUCUUGACGAAGGCAACACAGCAGUGAUCGAGCUGGACCUGGAGCGGUGCAAGGCCCAUGAUCUCAACUCCUUGUCGACUUGGAGACUCCUACUUUGGGGAGCGCUGAUGGUAGGAGCACCACCUGGACGCAGCGGACUAUGUGGAGGAGAAAAGGACGUGAAGGUUCUGAAGCUAGUGACAAGAAUGCUGUGGCUAUACUCGGCAGCUAGAGCGGAGGCGACGAACUAUGGGAUGGAACAAGGACAGACCAGUGGCCUUCAUGAUGGAGCAUCCCUCGGCGACCUCUCUUACUACGUGGUCACGAGUGGACCGUUCCUUGAGUUCCGGGCGGAGAUGGACAUUGAUGAGGUGACCUUCGAUCAGGUCGCAACAGGGGCGACACUUAGCAGCCCAACAACAUUGGGAACGAACAUCUACUACCUCAAGGGGCUGAGCGAUUUGGGACUGGAUGGGUGUGAAGGAGCAACAUCUACUACAGCGCGGGAAGGUGCGACAUCUACUACAACGCGGGAAGGUGCGACAUCUACUACAACGCGGGAAGGUGCGACAUCUACUACAACGCGGGAAGGUGCGACAUCUACUACAGCGCGUGAAGGUGCGUCAUCUACUACAGCGUGUGAAGGUGCUACAUCCACUACACCUACUACGGGAGUCCAGCCGAGAGCCCCCAGACCUACCGCCACGUGGUCACCUGGACUGGUGGACGCGAUUGUGAUGGCACUGAGGUUCUGGGAAAGGGGACCAUGCGAGGUGCCUUCGGUGAUGGCAAUGACAGCGAGUCAGUGGAAGGAGCAUAUGGCUUCAGGACAUGCUUGCUAUCGUAGAGAUUGUCUGACUUGUGUUAUGGCCCGGGGAACCGGGAAGCGGCAUGCAAGAAUCAGGCACCCAGAUUCAUUCUCACUCACAGUCGAUGUUGCUGGCCCAGUGAAGCCGGGUGUGGACUGUACUUCGAAGGGAACAAUGGGAAAGGGCCUGAGAUACAUGCUGGUUGCCAGAUACACUUUGCCGCGGGAGUAUGUGAAGGGCUACACCGGGAAGGAACCUCCAGGCGACGAUGGUCUUCAAGUUGAGAUGAACUAUGAGAACGUUAUGGAGCGUGCUGAGGAGGAGGGCGAUGACAAGGAACUUGCGAAACCUCCUCUACCACAACCUCACGAAGGGGAUCCAGAAAGGAAUAGUGAUAGUAUUUACGAUGACGAGGAACUUGCGAAACCUCCUCUACCACAACCUCACGAAGGGGAUCCGUUCAGUUUAGAUGGCGAUGAGUCGGGUGAGCAGGGUCCUUGUGAAGAUGCAGGCGAUGAGUGGGGUGAGCAGGGGUCCCAUGUGCAAGGCGAUGAGAAGUUUGCCGGGAGUUCUACAAAGCAGCGUGGUCACCUCGAAGACUAUGAGGACUCUCUUUAUGAGCCUUCUGAGGCAGCUGAGGACAACGAGCAACCUUCCCAGGAGGAGAAGCGCGAGCCCGGUGUGAUUCAGGAUUGCGAAGAACCAGCGACUACGUGCCUCCUGUUCGCAAAGGGCAUGAAGGACAAUUUGUCUGCUACAGUAAGAGGCGUGAUCCAGGACAUUGUGUUGUACUUGGAAAAUCAUGGACUACCUGUUUAUCGGCUGCACUCAGACAAGGGGGAGACUUUCAAUCACUGCACGAGAGCCUGGUGCCGAGACAGGGGGAUCAGAGCGACUUGGUCAGAGCCUGGAGUACCACAGGGAAAUGGCCAAGCAGAAGCUACGGUGCGAUGGGUCAAGGAUCGGGCACGGACCCUUCUGUUGGGAUCGAGGCUGCCUACAAGACUGUGGGCAUUGGCGGUGGAGGCGGCUACAGCGAUGCAACGAUGUAAGGUCCUUGGUUGGAAGUCGAAGCUGAUGGCUCCAUUUGGCGCUACCGUCCACAUCAAGCAGAAGGCCUUCGAUUCGUCGGGACCCAGAAAAAGAGAUCGAGCAUUCGAGACGAAGUGGACUAAGGGCACCUACGUUGGCCUCAGUUCGAUAUUAGAUGGGGGACAUGUAGUCUAUGUACCGCAGGGAACCGAGGAUGACAAAGAAAAGUUCCUCCACACCUUCCACGUGAGACCCAGACUGUUCGAUCCUGGAGUACCACUUGAUGAACUACAAGUAGAAGAUCCACCACGACCGAGGCGGAGGAUUGUUGAAAAGCAGCCACCAGACCAGAUCGAGAUGAAGGCUGCAGGUCUAAGCGACAGUGACGUGAAUGAGUAUGUCCGGAAGAAAUCGGCCUGUUUGUUGGACCAGUGGGACCCAGUACAAGUAGAAGCUUUCAUCAUGGAGCUGUUGGAUGCUAACUUCUUCCAGGAGCGCAAGUUCGGGAUCUUCAGACAUGGCGGUUCAGUGGGGUGGCUAAAUGGAUCGGAGGAGUUUCCGGAUUUGGCCAAGGUCUUGGGAAGGAUCAUCCUUGAAGCAGAACCCGAAGCAACGUUUACUUCUUUGUGGGUGACAAGGGAAUCGAUGAAGGGAUACCACAAGGACAACAACAACGACGCCGAUUCCCUAAACUACGCUCUCCCUCUACAACUUCCAGAGCGAGGAGGAGAACUGUGGUUAGAGUUGAGUCCUGGGGAUGUGCUGAAGGGCGACGUUGUGGAGCGCACAGGUGCUCGGGGUCGUGGACAUUAUGGCCAAGUCAUUCCACUAAGAAAGGGAGUGUGCAAUGUUUUCAAUCCGAGAUGUGGACAUGAAGUUCUACCAUGGACAGGAACACGAUCAAUGAUCAUUGCCUAUACGCCCCAAUGCAUGGGAAAGCUGGAUUACGAUGUGGUCAGGAAAUUGGAAGGUUUUGGUUACCCAACUCCACUCUCCCAGCUGCCCGAGUAUUUUGUGCCAGGACCUCCAGAGCUGAACGUCAUGAGUGCGGAUCGUGAAGGUCAACUACGUCCAAAGGAACAGGAGGAGUCCGAGAAUGUGAUCACUGGCCUGUACGGUGACGAUGAGUGGGAGAUGUUCUUGGAUGUUCCAGGCGGAAAAGUCAGACUGGGGAAUCAGGAGGAGCCAAGCUCACAGCCACAACUCCCGAGGGCAUCAAAGGUGGAAGUCGGCUACACGAAGGAGAUUGAGCGUGUGCUAGCGGAGCUACGUGGACCACUCAAGGUGACUCACACAGUCGAUCCUCGAGAAGUUCAGCAAAACAUUGAAUGUUGGCGGGAGGCGAUCGAGAAGGAAGUGAAGAAUGUUGAAGUUGCUAUUUUGAGGUUGCUACCAGGAACUUCAGAACGGGCGACAUGGAUAAGGAAACCUCGUGUCCAGCGUCUACCGGCCAAAUUCGUCUUCACGGUGAAGCCGGGGGAUUCUCCAGUGGAAGAGGACCGAACGACAUGGUUCAAGCGCAAAGCGCGCCUUGCGGAGCUCUACUCCGAAACCCCUCCCACCGAAGUUCUCCGGGCAGGACUGGCUAUGUCACGACGGCGACGAUGGCAGAUUGCCAUCCUCGAUGUUGUAGCAGCCUUUUUGCGAGCUCCGAUUGGCGACAAUUCUUCGGACCCUGUCGUGCUGGUGGCCCCACCGCGGAUGCUGCUGGAGUUGGGCCUGAUUGUGGAGUUCGAGUUGUGGGCGCUUGUACGCGCCUUAUACGGCUUACGCCAGGCGCCGGCUUUAUGGUCAUCGUACAGGGACAAGACAUUGGAUGCCUUGAGCUUUCCAGGGAAUCUAUCCCUAAAGCGAGGCAGCGCGGUAACGGCAUGGUGGGUCGUGCAGGACAAGGCUUGCUGCACCGUCGCGAUUGUCAUCAUCUACGUUGACGACAUUAUGCUGAUAGGGCCCAAGGGAGUGGUGGCUACGCUAUCAGAGGCGAUACAAGGACUGUGGAAGACUUCACCACUGACCUUCCUUACACCACAGUCCCCAAUACGGUUCCUAGGUAUGGAGUUGCAGUUGAGUUCAGAUGAAGCGGUCGUGUAUGUCAACCAGACGGCCUACAUCGAGGAAAUCUUGCGAGCCUACCAGGUCAACCCGAACCAGAACGAUAAGAUCCCUAUAAGCAAGGAGCUUUCGAGCUUCGAGGUUGGACCAGACGACACGUGUUUGGCCGUUGGAGAAAAAGCUCUACGUUACCUACAAAGCACCAAAGAAUGGAGGAUGAAGUUUCUCAGCGACAAGACGGACCUGGUCCUCUACCCGGAUGCGGCAUUUGCUCCCUCCUCGUCAAGGUCGCAUAGCGGAUGGAUGGUUAUGUGGAGUGGAUCAGCGAUAUCAUGGAGGAGUGCGAGACAAAGUACGAUAGCUUUAAGCACGGCUGAAAGUGAGCUGUUAGCCAUCCUUGAGGGUGCAGUUGGGAUGUUGGGAGUAGAAGCCAUGCUCUACGACAUCAAGAUCGGGCCCCUCAAGAAGACCAUUGCGAGUGACAGCACGAGUGCACUAUGUAUUAGCAGUGGCACCGGGUCGUGGCGCACAAGACAUCUACGUCUUAAAGCGGGAUGGGUUCAGGAAAUGCUCCAGUCGGGAGCCCUGGAAGUGCGACAUGAGCCAGGCGUGACGCAACCAGCGGAUAUGCUUACGAAGGCCCUAGCGUCACAAAGAUUGAAGGCGCUGAUGGGCUUAUGGGGCAUGGAAGAACCGCAAGGUGCACCAAGGGUGGCAGUGAGUAUGCCCUUACCGAGGCCGUCUACGAAGGUGAUCAUGGCGUUGGUGUAUUGUAUCCUGAUGCUGACGGUGGAAGCGAGAGAUCCUGUGUCAGUUCCCAUGCAGGUAGAUGCCGACCUACUGGGAAUCUCGAUGGUCCUUCUGAUGAUCCUGGGUGGCUUGGUGAUUUGGGAAGGGCUUAAGUGGAUCGUGGCAGAGCUCUCCCAGGAAUGGCUGCCUGGAGCUUCCCAGAGGAAGCUCAGGAAGUUAAGAAAGCUGAGAGAUGCUACGACGCAAGCGAUCGAGCGGGAGCUGGAGCGCCUGGGCUCAGCAGCUGCCUUGGAGAACCGCGACCUCACAGCCCUCCACGAUGAGACCUACAACGCCUUCGAGAGCAACGCCCUCGAGAACCACGCCCCCAAGGGUGCGAGGAGCUUCGUGAAGCUUUACGGAUCAAUGGUCUUCAGACCUCUGGCCUAA